CACUUUCCCUAAAUACCAAAAUCGUAAAGAGGUGCAGAUUCAGAAAAAUGGGAUACGUUCUAAGGGUGAGAUUUGCAGCCUUCUUCGCCGGUGCUGCGGUGGCAUCGGCCGGCGGUCUCUACCUUCUCCACAAGGAUUACCAAACCGCCCAUCAUUCCAUGUCUCAACAGAUGAAUGAUGUCUAUGAAUCUCUAAAUGGACGCAUUUCUGCUUUGGAAAGGCUGAAAGAAGCUGAUGCCGCGAAACACGUGGAAGCUACUGAGUAGAUUGUUUUAAGAGGUUUCCAAUGGAGGCAUCAAAAUAGAUUCCAUAGGUUCUAGUUGUUGUUCUGAUUCCAUUGUGAUGUAUUUCAUGACUUGCUAAAUGAAGUUGAGUUUUUUCUUUUGUUUUGCUAUAUGAUGGG